UGGCCAGAGCAGAAUAUCAUGGAAAAGAUUGCAUCGUUGCACUUCCCAUCAGUAUGCCAAAAAUGACAUUUUCCUUUAAGGUGAUGUCAGACAUUACUUCGCGGGAUGGUUUUUCUCUCUCCCUCUCUCUCUGUGGCACAGCUUGGAGCAAUAUUGUCUUAAACCUUCUGCCGGUUUAGCCGUUUCCGCACUCAGCAGUUUGGAGAAAUGGGAGCGCAGCGGAGUCCCGUUUCCAUCCUCCCUGUGAGCAUCCUCGGAGCAUGUUUCAGCAUCCCAGCAGCCAGGAGCGACGCUUAGUAGCAGAACGAUAAGAUACUUUCACUAUUCUUUAGUUUAUCUUGGACUUGUGUGGACUAAUUAGAGCACGGGCGCAAAUCUUUCCAAACUUGUUUUUAACUGUAGUUUUUUUUUUCUUCUUUUUUUGUGGGAAGUGGCAGAAUUAAAUGAGUAUUAUAUAGCCUACUUCUUCGAAGUCACACAAACGACCCAUUACAGUGAAUGUGUGUAACAUGAUGCUGGUUUUGAUAAUCGAUUCAAUUAAAAAAGGAUACAUCGUGGGCAGGCUUGUUUAUGCAUGGAUUUAAGGGUGAUAUUGUAGACGCGCCUUGGGAUUGUUCUGUCAUGAGACGCUGGAUGCAAGCACUUCUGCUUGAAUCAAGACUGCACUUUGGCUCUGAGCGCAUCAGCACCAUGCAGUGUCUUCGCCGCACAUCAUGAACUUCUGGGAUGAUUGCACUCCGUGAUCGCAGACUCAGAUUUUGAACAGGAGCUUGAAAAACAAUGGCACUGAGCGAAAACUGCAAAACGCAACCCGCUAAAGAGCAGGGCUCGGUGCAAAAUCCUCCAUCGGACGUUGUCGAGUUAAACGUGGGUGGGCAGGUGUAUUACACUCGUUAUACCACCUUGACAAGCUUUCCAAAUUCCUUACUUGGGAAGCUGUUCUCUAACAAGAAGGAGUCUUCAAACGACUUGUCCCGGGACCUCAGAGGACGUUAUUUUAUUGACAGAGAUGGGUUUUUGUUUCGUUAUGUGCUGGAUUACCUCAGAGACAAGCAGGUUGUCCUGCCUGACCACUUUCCAGAGAGAGGAAGGUUAAAAAGAGAGGCGGAAUACUUCCAACUACCAGAGCUGUCCAAACUUUUGUCAGCAGAGGAGUCAAAACUCUUUCCAGAUGACUUGUUUUACAGCGAUUUGGAUGAUGCGUCGCAGGGCAGCGACCACAGAUUUUACCCGUCAUUCUCCAUGGACAGGAGAUAUGGCUAUAUCACGGUUACUUUUAGAGGCGCUUGCGCUGCUGGAGGAAGAGAGAGUCACACUGAUUCCAAGGCCAAAAAGUUACCCAGAAUUUUCAUCAGUAGCAGGAUCGGCUUGGCCAAAGAAGUAUUUGGAGACGCACUGAACGAGAACAGGGACACGGACAGACCGCCGGACCGAUACACAUGCAGGUUUUACCUCAAGUUCAAACACCUGGAGAGAGCUUUCGAUAUGCUGUCAGAGUGCGGUUUUCACAUUGUGGCCUGCAAUACGUCCCUGACUGCGUCCUCCAUGGGUCAUUAUACGGAUGACAGGGUCUGGUCCAAUUACGCACAGUACAUCUUCUACCGUGGGCCCUCCCGGUGGUCGUCCUCUCACUGUGACUGCUGCUGCAAAAGCCACAAAAGUGAGCGUGAGGGAGAAAGUGGCACUUCCUUCAAUGACCUCUCUACUUCCUGCUCUGAGUCCCAGUCAGAGGCCAGUUCCCCUCAAGGAACCGUGAUCUGUGGUCCUGUGAGCCGACGAUCCAACAUCCAGACCCUGGACCGUCCCGUGCCCAAAGGGCCAGUCCAUAUGCUGCAGCAGGCAGAGAUGCGUCGCAAGACAGACAUGCUCCGUGUGAGAACCUUCGGGGUGCGUGACCGAGAGGCUGCAAAGAGGAAAGCAAACAAGGAGAAGAUGACUCCAGAGCAGGAGUUAGAGAAAUGUAUCCAGGACUUCCGGCGCAUUAGGAUUCCCGAUCGCUUCCCAGAAAGGAAGUACAUGUGGCAAUCAGAGCUCCUACGAAAGUAUCGUCUAUAGGUAUUAAUGUGAAGAAGAGAAUAUAGAAAUAGCAGAAAAAGAGAUGGUACUGUAGUAUCUUGUCAUAAUCAGUAAAGAAUAUAGCUGCACCCUCUAGGACACAUACUGUACCAGAAAAAAAACUGUCCUGCCAGGAUGAAUAAUGAAGCACACACUGUAUAAAGCAGUAGUGAUUUGUAAAGUUUGCACAGUGUUGUGUACAAUAUGCACAUGUGUAAAUGAGGCUGAGGCUUACGGCUCCUUCAUUGCUCUCACUUUGGAGAGCUUAGCCAGGCAUACUACAGGUUAUAACAUCACUGACAACAAAGCAACCUCAGGGGAACCACCAUUUUAGUUCACCAACCUUUCACAUGCUGUAUGUGCAGUUGCCCACAAUAACUGUUUUUAAAAUGGAUAUACCCAGAUGGUGCUGUAAGUUAGCAACAAAAUAUCACUACAAAAUAUCAAUUCACUGAAAACACAUAUAUGUUAAAUAUGCUUUGGAAACAGCACUGCAUGUCAUUUCACCCUUAGCCUAAUUAUGCAAUAUCAAACAAAGUUUUAAUUCACUGGUCUGAUGGCUAAAAAUGUCAUGAGUGAGACAAAUGUAUCGAGUGAAGCACUGCCUAAAUCUGUUUGCCAUUGUAGAACUUUUCAUCUAAUGUUGUCAUUAUGUGUUGGUUAGACAAUUUUGUGUAGCUAGAGUAUAUAAUGCCAAUCGAUAUUGAUCUAAUUCUUGAUUGUAAGUGUGGGAAAAAAGUAAAUAAAAG